AUGAAGUACCUUGGAUCCUGCAUAGUUUGGCUUUGUAUGGCAGUCUUUCUCCUUCCUGUUUCUACUUCUGUGGCUGUCAGUGACCAGACAGGUGCUGUGUGUCCUUUAAUGAAAACAGUUGCCCGUCAUCUCAAACAAAUCAACAGAGACAGUCGUGGUGUACCAGGAUUUGAUCUGGCAGAAAGCUUUUCUUUAAGGCAAACAUCUUGUGGUGGGGAAAAGAUCUGUUUUAAACUGGGAAGCGCACCUCUCAUUAGAGAUACAAGGCAAGUAUUUCCAAAUGGGCUUCCUGAAGAAUACGCUCUGGUUACUACGUUUCGUGUACGGCGAAAUACCAAGAAAGAGCGUUGGUAUAUAUGGCAAGUUUUAAAUCAGUAUGACACACCUGAGAUCUCUGUCCUCCUGGAUGGUACAAAAAAGGUGGUGGAGUACAUGACCAAAUCCUCUCAGGGAAAUAUACUGCACUACACUUUUAAGGGUCGAGAAAUUUAUCCAUUGUUUGAUCGGCAGUGGCAUAAGCUUGGUAUUAGCGUGCAGUCAGGGAUCAUUUCCCUCUAUUUGGAUUGUAAUUUAAUUGAGAGAAAGCAGACUGAUGAAAAAUUCACCAUUGACUUGCAGGGAAGGACACUGAUUGCUUCUCGUGCAGCGGAUGAUAAGCCUGUAGAUAUUGAACUUCACCACAUAGCAGUUUAUUGUAAUUCUCAACUUGCAACAGCAAAUACGUGUUGUGAAAUAUCUGCAGACUUGUGCCCACAUGAGGAGAGGUUACUUGAGGCUACGACUUCAUCACCAGUGACUGUUCAUGCCAGCAAAAUAUACACACUUCCAGGGAUGCAGCAAGAAUCUACACAGAGAUGCUACUGCUUUCCAAAUAAAGGAGAAGCAGGAUUGCCGGGAGUAGCUGGUUUGCCAGGCCAGAAGGGAGAGAAAGGUGAAAAGGGUGAGAUGGGUGUGAAAGGACCAGACGGUGUCGCAGGCCUGCCUGGUGAAAAGGGUGAACGUGGCUUUCCAGGUAGUAAAGGUGACGAAGGUGAAAAGGGUGAAAAAGGAGAUAAAGGAGAACCAGGACCAGAAGGCCUUCCUGGAAUAGAGGGACUAAAAGGUGACCCUGGUAGUCCUGGUGUGGCUGGUCCAAAGGGAGAAAAGGGAGAUGCAGGACCUCCAGGACCAGCUGCCUUGAGUGGUUUGCUGGAGGGUCCCCAAGGUCCACCUGGCAAAGAAGGUCAAAGGGGGAGACGAGGCAAACCAGGCCUUCCAGGAAAACCAGGGCCACCAGGACCUCCUGGUCCUUCUGGACUAAAAGGAAUCCUGGAUUCAUUGAACAAGCAUUAUAAUGAGAGUGAUACAAGACUACUAGGAGUACUUGGGACCCCUGGACUUAAAGGCCAGAAGGGAGACAUUGGUCAAAAAGGAGAAUUGGGAAUAACUGGUGCAAAAGGAGAAAAGGGAGAGCCUUCUGAAAAAGGGGACAAGGGAGAGCCAGGAGAGACUGGAAUGGAGGGUUCAAAAGGAAAUAAGGGUGAAAUGGGAGAUCCUGGACCACCUGGUCUUAUUGGAAAUCCAGGAUCAAAGGGACUGCAAGGCCCUCCAGGACCUGUUGGACCCAGGGGACUGCCAGGAGAAGCUGGCUUACCAGGAGAUCCUGGGGUACCAGGAAACCCAGGAAUUAAAGGACAGAAGGGUGACUCUGGUGGAAUUAUGGGACCACCUGGACAUCCAGGUCCAAAAGGAGAUACGGGGCCUCCUGGACCAAGUCUGCCUGGAACACCAGGUCCCACUGGUGUUCCUGGAAACCCAGGUCCAAGGGGGCCAAAGGGAGAAAGAGGACUACCUGGUGUACAGGGAGCACCUGGGGAGAUGGGGCCCCCUGGAAUAGGCAUUCAGGGAUCACCAGGUCCUAAAGGUCCCACUGGAUCAGCAGGCGUGCAGGGCCCUAGGGGACCUCCGGGAUUACCAGGAGCUCCAGGUACCCCUGGUGUUAAUGGCAUGCCAGGGAGAGAUGGAAAGCCAGGACUACCAGGUCCUCCAGGUGAUCCUGUUGCACUUCCACUUGUGGGAGACAUGGGUGCUAUACUGAAGGGUGAUCCUGGCACAAGAGGUCCUCCAGGCAUUCCUGGUAGAGAAGGACCAAAAGGAAGCAAAGGUGAACGUGGAUUUCCUGGGCUUGCAGGAGAAAAGGGUGAUGAGGGUCUUCAAGGUGCUCCUGGACUGCCAGGUAUACCAGGACCCAGUGGCCCAUCCGGAGUCACAGGAAGACCUGGACAUCCUGGUCCAGCUGGAGCAAAAGGAGAAAAGGGUAGUGAAGGUUCUCCUGGGAAACCUGGACCACCUGGGCCUCCGGGCAUGCCUUACAAUGAAAGAAAUGGAAUGAGCAGCUUAUAUAAACUGCAGGGAGGUGUGAGUGUUGCAAGUUAUCCAGGUCCACCAGGACCUCCGGGUCCAAAAGGAGAUCCUGGAACAGUGGGAGACCCAGGACCAAUGGGAUUACCAGGACUGGAAGGACUCCCAGGGGAAAAGGGUGACCGUGGACCAGCUGGUGCGCCAGGAGUGUCAGGAACACCAGGAAAGCCAGGAUCCCCUGGGACCCCAGGGUUGCCAGGAGAACCUGGUGAAAGAGGACCUAUAGGAGAUAUAGGUUUCCCAGGUCCAGAAGGGCCACAAGGAAAACCAGGGAUCAACGGAAAAGAUGGAUUGCCAGGUCCUCCGGGUGCUGCAGGGAGACCAGGAGACAGAGGACCCAAAGGAGAACGUGGAGAUCAGGGUAUUCCAGGGGACAGAGGUCCACAGGGUGAGCGAGGGAAACCUGGCCCAUCAGGAGAAAAGGGGGAUGUGGGUCCUGUUGGCCCUCCAGGAGACAGAGGCUAUCCAGGAUCACCAGGUCAUCAAGGUCCCCCAGGUUCACCAGGACCCCCAGGGUUUUCAGCUGAUCCAAUUUCACUUGAAGAAAUAAAAAAGUAUAUCAAACAAGAAGUUCUUAAGGUAUUUGAAGAAAGGAUGGCUCAAUUUGUAUCCCAGCUGAAGCUGCCUGCUGCAAUGCUUGCCUCCCAAGCUCAUGGAAAACCAGGGCCCCCAGGAAAAGAUGGGUCACCAGGGCCCCCAGGAAAGGAUGGUUUGCCAGGGCCACCAGGAGAACGUGGAAUCCAAGGUUAUAGAGGACAGAAAGGGGAAAGAGGUGAGCCCGGAAUUGGACUGCCUGGUAACCCUGGACCACCUGGCCCUGCAGCUGCUGGCCUGCCAGGCCCACCAGGAACAUCAGGCUCUCCGGGACCACAGGGGCCACCUGGAGUCAACGGGAGAUGUAAUCCAGCAGAUUGCUAUUACCACGUGUCACAGACUCGCCCACGCACCAGCAGGAAAUAA